GUUGGCUGGACGCAGGGAAGGUCUUGCAUUUAGCCUCAUAGAUAGCCACGAAGUUGCCGCCCAGCAAGGCCACGUCGGAUAUGUCGUCCACCAACAGAGCACACUGUGUAGUAUGCCUACUGUUAUAUUGUGGGCCAAAGCCACCUUGUCUUAUUCAGUAUAAGCCUCACAGGUGGUGAACUGACCAUGGUGCUUUCCAUCUUCUGCCUGCUCCAGUCGAGUCACUGACUUCAGCCUCAGGUGCGACCGACCACUGACGACGACACGGGGUUGAAAGUGCUGCGGGAGCCGACAUCGAGCCCGGAUGCCGAGAAUGGAGAGAAGAUCAUCGACGUUGUCGCCGUCCACGGCCUCGGCGCGCACCCGGACGACACCUGGACCAAGAAACGUGGCGAGGGCGAUGAAGCUCAGUGGGUCAACUGGCUCGAAAAGGAGGAUAUGCUGCCAGCGGCGGUGCCAAACUCACGCAUCAUGCGCUACGGAUACAAGUCGGACUGGUUCGGGCCGGCAGCGAUUAAACAGUCGGCUCGGAACGUGGCGGCUCGGCUGCUGGCGGCGCUGAGGCGAGAGCGAAAGGGCUGUACCGAUCGACCGUUGAUAUUCAUUGCGCACAGUUUCGGCGGGCUCGUUGUACUCAAGGCAGUAUGCGAUACUUACCAUGACCGUAAGGAGUGGCCCGGCGUGUUCGAUGCGGUCCGAGGGCUAGUGUUCUUCGGCACGCCGUUCCGCGGGGCCGAUGGCAUGAGCCAGAGCGAAAUGGUGCAGGCGGCAGCACGAGAGUAUACCGCAGAAGAUAUUGAGCAGGAGCCUCUCCAUAUCCUCGACCUAGGCAAUGAGCUACUACAAGACCUGGUGGAUGAUUUUCAGAAGCGAGUGUGGGUACAAAUGCCUCAUGCGCGCAUCGCGUGCUUCUUCGAGCUCCAAGCGAGCGAGAUUGGAUCAAUUGUGGGGAAACAGAGACGAAAGGCGUUCGCUGUUAAUGAACGAUCGGGGUGUCUCGACCUAUCAGAUCGGGUGUCGAAACACCCCCUCGCGCGGACACAUUUCAAUAUGAACAAGUUUGGACGAGCGACGGAGGAGGAUUAUUUGCUAGUGGCCGAAGUCCUUAAAGAGAUGGCGAGAGACGCCCGGCAGCCGCUGCCAAUAGCGGCACCAUCUGUUGUUUCCAUUCCUGUCGAAACGACGUACGAACAAGCCCGCCGGCGGCGAGUCAAAUAUUUCCGAGGUCGCCAAAAGCAGCUGGAACGAAUUCAGGAAUACUUUACGGACGAUGCCGCGGACGAAUGUCGUGUACUCAUCCUCCAGGCGAUGGGCGGACAAGGGAAGAGUCAGAUUGCGCUGGAGUAUUGUCGACGACGGCGGUCCACUUAUGCGGAGAUAUUCUGGAUUAAUGCGAGUUCGGAGACGAUAGCGACACAGUCGAUGGAACGAGUGGCGGCAGAGAUUGGACAGCCACUUGCGGGAAUCGACGACACUCGAACCAAAAUCCGACUGGUCGUCCAGGCGCUGGCGCGACGGAGCGAGCGGUGGCUCAUGGUGUUGGAUAACUAUGACGACCCGGAUCACUUUACGAGCAUUGAGCAAUUUAUCCCAUCUCAUAGCAUAGGCGACAUUCUUAUCACCAGUCGCAGCAAAGGGCUCGAAGGGCUCGGCCGGGUGGUGGUUGUACCGCCUAUGAACGAGCACGAAGGCACCGAACUUCUUCUCCAUGAACAUCCUCCGUCUCAGGUUCAUACUCAUAAGGAGAAAUGUCGUGAGAUUGUCCGACGACUUGGCGGGCUCCCGCUAGCCCUUGAUCAAGCGGCAGCAUUUAUUCGCUACAGGCAACUAGCACCGAACCAGAUAGACGAGUUCUUAACAUUGUAUGACGCACAAUGUGCACAGAUCUUACAACAUACGCCACGAUUCUGGAAGUAUCGCACAACACAGGUCGAUGGGAAAGAAGAAGAGAAUCGAGCAAUCAGCGCGUUUACGACGUGGGAGAUGUCAUUUCAGCAGUUAGAAGAUAACGAGGCUCGGCGACGCGAUGUAGAACACUUCUUGACGGUGUCGGCGUUCGUCCAACCUGGCCAGAUUGGCGAACCGCUCUUUCGCUACCACUGGGAGUUAUCGCAGCCGGCACCGGCCUGGAUGAAGAUAUUUAGUCUUGAGGAGUCCAGCCGAAACAAGUACGACCAGUCAUCUUCCCCUAACAAGGCCUCUAAUAGCUACUCGGUGGAUCAUUCGACGGUGCUUUCGGAAUUGGGACCAGACGCGACUCACUGCGAGUCACCCGUAUUGAGUCGCGAAGCGUGGAAUGCGAAACUAUUUUCAGACCUGAUCUCGAAGGCGUACGACCUCUCCCUAUUGGACAGCAUCAGUAGUGACAGCUCUGGGUAUUGUACACACUUCUCGUUACAUCCGGUGAUCUGCGACUGGCUGCAACUCCGCGUGAGAGAGGAGUCGACUCACGGGUUUGUGUAUGAGGCGAUUAAGAUGGUGACAGACAGUAUACGGCAGAUGGACAGAUCUAUCAAUCACUCGCUGCAGGCGCGAAUGGUCCUUUUUGGGCACGUUGAUAUGUGCGUUAAGCACGACCGACGGUUUUCUUCCGACGGCCGGCGAUUAGGACAAGAACUUAAUAGUUGUGUGGCGGCGGAAUGGUUUGCAUCGUUUUAUCAAGACCAGGGACAGUAUAGGGUAGCAGAGGGUCUCUAUCGACAAGUAUCUGAUACGCGAGAGAAGAUAGUCGGGAGAGAAGAUCCGUCAACGCUAAGGAGCAUGAACAACCUGGCCUCGGCGCUGAGUCGUCAGGGGAAGUACGCGGAGGCGGAGGAGAUGCACCGAGGAGAAUUAGAGCUGAGCAAGAAGGUGCAAGGGGAGGAGCAUCCUGAGACGCUGACGAGCAUAAACAACUUGGCAUAUCUUCUGGCAUUACGAUCUCGAUUUGUGCAAGCUGCGAUCUUCUAUGAGAGAGCAAUAGCUGGAUAUCGGCGAGUCCUUGGACCUGAUCAUCCUACCACCAAGGCGUGUGCGGAGCACUACUCUUCAUUCCGGAAUUCUCGGGGCAAUAAGAAGUAG